AGCCCCCCCCCACAUCAUCUGUGUUUGUUACUCACAUUUACCACUGCCCAACAUGUCUUCCGACGAAGAGACCUAUGAUGGAGCACAAGCAAAGAAGCGAAGAGUUCAAAGAGCGUGCGAUGUUUGUAGGAGAAAGAAAAUAAGGUGUAGGUUCUCGCUUUGGUUACGAAUUUGGCUCUCUCUCGACCUUAAUCUCAUGCUGCUCGGUCAGGCGAUGGCAUACAAAUGCCCGGGAACAAGUGCUCGAACUGUAUCGCAUACAGUCUCGAGUGUUCGUAUGUGGAAGCUGCCAAGAAACGAAGUCCUCCCAAGGCAUAUGUUGAAGGGUUGGAGAAUCGACUUGAGAAGAUGGAAAGCCUUCUUCGUCAGCUUAUGCCGGCUGAAGACCUGAAUCGAGAAUUGGGACCAUUGCAAGACCUCACGACCAGCAAUGCCGCCACUCCAAAUCCACAGUCUUCCGAUGCAACGGCCAUGAUGGAUAGGGCUAUCGAUGCCAUUCGAAGAUACGACAAAACACCCCCAGAAACCAAAGAGACUCUUGAAGCACAACGGGAAGACCUCGAACAUCUCAUGCUGGCGGAUAACCUGAAGAAAGUGACGAUUGCUAAGCUUGAUUAUCGAUUUUAUGGCAAAUCGAGCGGGGCCAUGUUAGUACAAACAGCUAUCGAUCUGAAAGAAUCGUACACGGGGAACCCAGCCGAUAUCCUUCCCGGAUUAGAAACUCGAGCGAGGCCAGAGUUUUGGCAUACGAAUCCAUGGGAACUCUCUUUCACUCAAAAGUCUCAACCCUCGAAGUACGAGUUUCCCGAUGACGAUCUCCUUAGGGAGCUCGUCGAAUUGUACUUCAAACACGUCAAUCUCUUCAUCGCACUUCUUCAUAAACCAACGUUCAUGCGCCAUUUGGAAGACAACCUUCAUCACAAGGACGAGGGAUUUGGGGCGGUCGUAUUGUUGGUGUGUGCGAACGGCUCCAGAUAUUCAAACGACCCGCGGGUUCUUCUUGAUGGUGUCGAUUCCUGGCUUUCCUCCGGCUGGAAGUGGUUCGAUCAAGUACAAUUAAUCCGGAAAUCUAUAUUGUCUCCUCCCGCUCUUUUCGAUCUUCAAUUCUAUUGCCUCGCCUGUCAGUUUUUGUUGGGUUCCUCCGUUCCUCAUGCGUGUUGGACGAUGGUUGGGAUGGGUAUCAGGCUGGCUCAGGACAUUGGUGCUCAUAGGAGGACUAUACACGAAAAGAUGACCAUUGAGGACGAGCUGAAGAAGCGGGCUUUUUGGACAAUGGUCCUCACAGAUUAUACCAUAAGUGCAGCUUACGGCCGACCAUGUGGAAUUCAAGAUGAAGAGUUCGACCUGGAUCUCCCAAUAGAAUGUGAUGACGAGUACUGGGAUCAUCCAGAUCCUGAAUUAGCGUGGCGGCAACCACCUGGGAAGCCGUCAACAACAGCUUAUUUUAUCUCUCUGUUGAAAUUGGCCAGGAUUUUGGCGCUUGCUCUGCGAACAAUCUACAGUAUCAACAAGUCGAAGAUUCUUCUAGGUUUCGUUGGACCUCAAUGGGAGCAACGUAUAGUCACGGAGUUGGAUUCGGCUCUGAAUCAGUGGGUUGAUUCAGUUCCUGAACAUCUCCGUUGGGACCCUACUCGUGACAAUGAACUAUUCUUCAAUCAGUCGGCCGCGUUGUACACCGAGUACUACUUUCUACAAGUUCUUAUCCACCGACCGUUCAUUCCAUCACCGAAGAAGCCAUCACCCCUCUCGUUCCCUUCACUCGCAAUAUGCACGAAUGCUGCCCGCUCCUGUUGCCAUAUAGCUGAGACUCAGCGGCAGAGAAAUGGACGUUUAUGGCCAUUCAACAUCGGGGCUGUAUUCUCAUCUGGAAUCAUCUUGUUGUUGAAUAUAUGGGGAGGAAAACGUUCCGGAGAUCCGAUGAAGGAGAUGGCGGAUGUCCACAAGUGUAUGCAAGCGCUGCGGUCGGUGGAGAGUAGGUGGCAUGCUGCGGGACGCUUAUGGGAUGUCUUAUAUGAACUUGCCUCUGUGGGAGAGUUACCCCUUCCUCAGGCAAGUUCUCCGUUAUCAAACAAACGGGAGAGGGAUGCAGACGAACCGAUUGCCUCUAAGCCGCCGGAAGAGAGCAGCAGCUCUCAAAACCUAGAACAUCGGGCAAUCGCAGGUUCAAAACGAGCUCUAAAAUCCUCUGGUACGGGUCCUCAGCCACCUCAGCAGCAAUUGUUUGGGUUGCCUAUGUACAGCAAUGAACUUGGGCGCCUUCCUGUUCACGGUCAGCUCAAUUAUACCCAGCCCGAUAUAAACCACGACGGUCAGAGUCCAGUAGACACUGGGAGUUACUGGUUCACUCAUGUAGGAGACAUACCUUCGGACGGCAUAACUGGAGGAGGGCUGUCUACCACGAACACUAUGGGCGAUAUCAACUUCCCAUCUGGCUUACCAACCCUUGCGGAUGCUCAGUUUUUCGAUCAACUAGCGUCGAUGACAUGGACAUCACACCCCUCUCGCCAUCAAGGAGGAGAACAACAUCUGCAACACCCCAGUGGAUUUGACCCCAUGAUUUGGUCCGAAGCGCCGCCUGGGUUUGGGACCCCUGAUAUGACUCACAUGUGGAGCGCUGUGUGAUUCCUUGGGUUCCGCGCCCACCAGAAAAUGACCGCUCGUUUCGAUUCUGGACUUAUCGCUGUUGGUCGCCUUCAACUUCAGUUGCGGUGUAUAGACUAGAAUCUCUCCUCCAUCUCUCCCUGCCCUCACUUGGAUUAUGUAUCGUUAUAUAUCCGUUUGCACGGCAAAAUGUAGCAUCUUCCCUGCACUAAAAUACUCAUGC